AUGGUUAAAUUUCAAGCCAUGCACAAAUAUUUUGCUGUUUUUCUCGUGCUAGUUACCUUCCAUGGUUCCCUUCUAACUCAUGCAAGGAAGAUAAAGCCAUUGCAUACAAACACUAUGAUGCUGCUGGAGGAUAAUGCCCAGCCUACCCUGCCACCACUUAAAACAAGUGUUAAUGUUCCUACUCCAUCGUCAGAGAAUAAAGUUGAGUCGCCAAUGUUACCAAAGUAUGGCGCUGCAAGUUAUGGAGAUUCAGGUUCAGACACCAAUGCUUUCAGACCCACAACACCUGGAAGCAGUCCUGGUGUUGGUCACCGAAAUUUUGCAGGAGAAGAUAAUAAUAUGAAAGCAGUGGUGGUAGUUAAGAGUCCAGAUGUUGAAGUUUCUAUGACUGAAGGGAUAAAUGAUUUCAGACCUACAGAACCGGGUAAUAGUCCUGGUGUUGGCCAUCCUUACCAACACAAAAAUUGA